AUGGCGACGGAUACCGUUCACAACUCAGCGGCUCCAACCAUACGCAAGGUUCUCAUCCCUAUCAGCUCGAAGUUACGAAUGAUCAAUGUAUUCGACUGGUAUCUCAGUCAUGCUAAACAAGAUGGAGACUAUCUCAUUUUUGUUCACACAAUUAAGCCGAACAAAUUUGCGAAGAAUCUCAGUUUGCCUAUGUUGAUUGGUACGACUAUGAAGAUUUCCGCCAGUUCAGUAGAAGACGGGAAACAUGCUUGCCGAGAACUCAUGUGCCUUGCUAAAAAGAAUGACCUUCAGGCACACUCAUACAUGUACGUGGACUCAGAUUUGAAUGCAGCGUUGCGCAAAGCCAUCAAAGAACUCAAACCAGACGCUGUCCUAAUAAAUCGUCUCAGAUUUGGCGCACUCAAGAACAGCACUGCCAAUGACAUAGUUGGCUUCCGAAAAAACACUUUCUCCUGCACCUGCGAUGUGUGUUCAUCACAAAAAGAACAAAUGACUCUUCUGCAAUGUAGAUGA